UAGAAGAAGUGAUGCCUUCAAGAAAAAGAAAAUAGAAAAUAUGAUGAGUACCCCUCUAUAAAUUCAAGUCGAUCUCUAAUAUGCAAGUUACAAACAUAUCAAGAGAAAAGCAAGUACAAAGAAAAAAGAGAAAGAAACAAAAUCCAUGGCGGCUAGCAUAGCUGAGAAAUGGGAGGAGCUUAGUGGCAAAGAAAAUUGGAAAGGGUUAUUGAAUCCUCUGGAUCUUAAUCUUCGAAAAUACAUCAUUCAAUAUGGAGAAUUAUCUCAAGCUACUUAUGACACUUUUAUUUCCGAACAAGUGUCAAAAAAUGCGGGAAGUAGCAGGUACUCGAUGGAACACCUCUUUGCUAAAGUUGGACUUGGACUAGACCCCGAAAAGUAUCGCGUGACAAAAUAUUUUUACGCGACAUCGUCCUUUCCGCUUCCCGAGGCCUUUAUGGUAAAAUCAUGGUCAAGGGAAGCAUGGAGUAAGGAAUCAAAUUUUAUGGGGUACAUUGCUGUGGCUACUGAUAAGGGGAAGGCUGUAUUAGGGAGAAGGGACAUUGUAAUUGCAUGGAGGGGGUCAAUUAGGACAUUGGAAUGGGUUAAUGAUUUUCAAUUUUUACUAGUGCCAGCACCUAAAGUUUUUGGUGAUGGGAGUUCAAUAUUGCCUUUGUUUAAACCUUUGGUGCAUCAAGGAUGGAACAGCAUAUAUACAACAGAUGAUCCAAAAUCACCAUUUAAUAAAGUCAGUUCUAGAGACCAGGUCCUGGAAGAAGUGAAAAGAUUGAUUGAGGAAUAUAAGAAUGAAAAGGUCAGCAUAACUGUAACUGGACAUAGCCUAGGUGCAGCACUAGCAACCUUAAAUGCAGUUGACAUAGUUUACAAUGGAUUCAACAAAACAAGCAAUGGAAAGGUAUUUCCAGUGACAGCUUUUGUAUUCGCAAGUCCAAAUGUUGGCGAUCUCAAUUUCAGGGCAGCAUUUUCAAAACUGAAAAAUCUACAUAUUUUGAGAGUUGAAAACAUAUUAGAUAUUGUUCCGAAAUAUCCACCCAUUGGCUAUGUAGACGUUGGAGAGGUACUACUAAUUGACACUGUCAAAUCCAAUUACUUGAAGUCUCCAGGAAACUUUCUAAGUUGGCAUAAUUUGGAGGCUUAUUUGCAUGGAGUAGCAGGCACUCAAGGUGUAGGGGUGGGUGUUGGUUUUAAACUAGAAGUGAAUCGCGAUAUCGCUCUUGUUAACAAAUCUGAGGAUGUAUUGAAGGUAGAAUACGGCGUGCCUGCUAAGUGGUGGAUUGAAAAGAACAAAGGAAUGGUUCAAAAGGAAGAUAAAUCUUGGGUUCUUAUGGAUCGUGAGGAUUAUGAAAUUUGAGAGAGU